AUGAGCGAUCCGCUUAGCAUCACUGCAAGUGUGAUAGCGCUCCUUCAGCUUGCAGCAACAGCCACACAGUAUCUCAAGGAUGUCAAGCAUGGAUCAGCUGAUCGCCUACGAUUGCGAGAUGAGCUGAGAAGCACAACCUGUCUUCUCGAGAUGCUGAGAGAUCGAAUUGAGGACGACGAUGAAACAUCCGAAACUGACCAGCCUCUAAAACCUGCUUCCGUUAGGGUUCUCGCUGAACCUGAUGGUCCUCUUAGCUUGUUUGAACAGGUCCUCCAGGAUAUGGUUACUAAACUUGAGCCGCAAGCCCGUCUACGUCGUUUAGCAAAGCCUUUUACUUGGCCGUUCGACAAAAAAGACAUUGCAGAGUUGUUGACAUGUUUGGAACGUCUAAAGAGUCACUUCAAUCUUGUUAUGCAAAACGACCUUCAUGAGCUGGCGAAACUAUCGAAUCUUAAAUUAGAUGAUCUGAACAACAAAGCGGACGAGGUUGAGGCUAGAGCGAGAGAUGAAGAAGCGUUGAAGAUUAUCUCUUGGAUUAGCACAAUCUCGUUUCGUGCGAAGCAUGAAGACAUCUUGGACAGUACUCAGCCCGGAACUGGAACUUGGCUACUUGAGCACAGUACUUUCCAGAGCUGGAAGAGGGGAGAUAUUGACAAGUUGUGGUGUCCAGGAAUCCCCGGAGCGGGAAAGACGAGUCUUUUAUCCCUAAUCAUAAGCCGCUUGGAGCAGGAGAAGACUGCUGGUAGUAUCUGCCUAUACUUAUAUUGUGACUACAAUCGACGCAUGGAGCAAAGCGCUUCUGAAUUGCUAUCGUGCCUCCUCCAACAGGUCCUUCAUCAAUUCCCAAACAAGACACUACCAGCAGAGGUGUCAUUACUCUACAGCCAACACCAACGAUAUGGUACACGCCCCACUCACGCACAGACUACUGAGCUUCUUAGAACACUUGCUGCAAAGCUGGAGAGAGUUUUCAUAGUACUCGAUGCUCUGGAUGAGUUCGGUGAGUCUGAAGAGGAGGCCCUAAAGUUCAUGGAAACGAUAUGUUCGCUAGGGUCACACGUCAAGAUCCUUUGUACAUCACGGUUCUCAACCACAUUUGAGGAAUAUUUCAGCCACUCAGCCAGGUUACAGAUUUCUGCGCAGAAUGAUGACAUUGCAAAGUUUCUCGAAUCCCAAAUCAGUCAGAAAUAUCGGUUGUCGAGACAUGUAAGAGCGGACCCGAAGUUGAAAGACGAGAUUAUUGAAACCAUCAUCAAAGAGUCACAGGGCAUGUUCCUACUCCCCAAGCUUCACCUCGAGUCUCUCUCCCACAAGAUUAACCGUAAGGAGGUACGAUCAUCUCUCAAGACUUUGCCUGUGUCGCUAAAUGCUACAUACUCGGAUGCCCUGGACCGGAUAUACAGACAGGCGCCAGAGGCAGUCGGCCUAGCUGAAGCGGUGCUGUUUUGGAUUUUAUGCGCAAAACGGUCCUUGACAAUACUCGAACUUCAACAGAUAUACGCGACCCAGGACUUACUAGAGGACAUAGGGCUCGAAGAAGACGAUCUGCCUGACGCUGACAUUCUAACCAGUGUCUGCGGUGGUCUCAUCAUGAUUGAUAGUGAUUCCCAGACUGUUCGGCUGGUACACUAUACGGCUCAACAGUACUUCGAGCAAUUUCAUAGUGAGAAGCUCAAAGGAGCAAGGUCUAGUAUCACAAAUAUCAGUAUCAAGUAUUUGAGCUUGCCAAACUUCUCGUCUGGCAUUUGCACCACGGAUAGGGACAUGGCCCAACGCCUGCGUGAAUAUCCUUUUCUUGAUUACGCUGCCAAGUAUUGGGGAGCUGACAUCAACCAAAUUGACGGCGAUGAAUUCUUUCCCGUCCUUGACAAGCUCGUCUCCAGCGCCACUGCCCUGGAAGCCACCAGCCAAGCCUUUGCUCUUCACAGCAACCGACAUGUCAACUGGAGUCAGGAGUUCCCGCGGGAUAUACCAGCCCUUGUACUGGCCGCCAGUUUCGAUUUACCCAGAGUUCUCAAGCGAAUGGUAGAGAGUGGUCAUGAACUAGAGAGCAAGGGAACCGAUGAAGAGACGGCGUUGAUUCGUGCUGCAAGCUUCGGCCAUCAGGAAAAUGUCCGUACACUUCUCGACCUUGGUGCCGACAAGGAUGCACGGGAUCAUAUGAAUGAAACAGCACUUCAGAGAGCUGCUGGGAACGGCGAGGUUGGAGUAGUUGAGGUUCUUUUGAACAAAGGUGCCGAUGUCAAUGUUCAUACCUCCAGUGAUUGGACUGCUCUCAUGUCUGCUGUUUCCAGUGGAGAUAUUCGGGUUGUUGCGAUGCUGGUGGACGCAGGAGCAAAUCUCAUGGCGGAGACUGUUUGGAAAGACUCUGCUCUUAGUAUCGCGACCCGUAACGGCCAAGAAGCUAUUGCCAUACUUCUGGCUGACAGAGGUGCUGUUCUUCCUCGUGGCCCAGCCGGCCGACGAGCCUCCACAGUGGCUUCCCGCAGAGGCUUCACACAACUAGUUCGGCGACUCACAGCUGACUACGAGGCCGUUGCUCGACAACCACUGCAGCGUCAGAGUUCAAGGAUCAUGCGUGGGCUGACCCAGAUUGAAGAAACCGCCGAGCCAGGAGAGGAACAAACAGCGACCGAGGGGGAAGUGCCAGAUGAAGGUGACUUUUCUGCGGUAACAGAAGAUCUGGAGUACAGUAUUGGCUUUUCAAGACGUUAUCGGAUAGUGGAGAUGCUCGGCAAAGGCCAUUUUGCAGAAGUAUUUUCUUGUACCAAUCGAGUGACGGGUAUGGUAUAUGCCGUCAAAGUAUUCAAGAUGGACAAUUGGAACAGUGAUACAUCCAAGGUUCGUGGUAUUCGUGCCGAGUUCAAGGCACUCAUGAGCGCCUCACAUGACAACAUUCUGCGCCGCAUCGAUCUCUUUGCAGAAUACGCCGAAGACAAGAUCUACAUGGUUUUGGAACUUGCUCCAGGCAGAGAACUGUUUAACUUUAUCGUGGAGAAACGAGUUCUAUCAGAGGAUGAGUCGCGGAAGAUCUUUUUACAGAUUUUCUCUGCACUUGAGUUCUUGCAUAACUCUGGAUGGGUACAUCGAGAUAUCAAACCCGAAAACAUCCUUCUUUUUGACAGAGAGACUCUCCACAUAAAAUUGGCGGACUUGGGCCUGGCUAAAAAGAUAGGAAAUGGGCCUGGAAAUACAGAGCUUACGACCACUCUUUGUGGCACACCUAGCUACGUGGCUCCUGAAGUUCUUGCCGAAUCCAGACAUAGAAGCUACGAAUUCGGCGUUGAUAUCUGGUCGGCCGGUGUCGUCUUGUAUAUUUGUCUUUGUGGCUUUCCUCCGUUUUCAGAUGAACUUUACUCAGCGGAUUUCCCUUUCACCCUCGCACAGCAAAUCAAAAGCGGGAGGUUCGACUAUCCGUCACCGUACUGGGAUCCCGUCGGCGAUCCAGCUCUUGACCUAAUUGACAGCAUGCUUGUUGUUAAUCCCGCGCUUCGAUUUAACGUUAAGCAGUGUAUGAAACACCCAUGGACAGUUCUUGACUCAAGUGUUUCAGUACUACAGGACACUAUUAGGUCUGCGAGCCCAGAGGCUAUAUAG